GGCGUGAUGACGAAGGUAGUUGCCAUGGAGUUGCGCGGAGUAACCCUCAGGUAGUGGGACGCUGAGGCCGGAGGGCUAAUUUCUUCUUUGAUUCCUGUGAUGAGUACUACAUAUUCCCAAGCUUUCCUUUGUCCUUUGGCCAGGAAUGGAACAAUCCCUGAACCCAAUGGAAUGAAUCCCUAAUGGUGGAGUUUCAGGCUUCAGUGACAGGCUGAACCCAGACUCCCAGGGCCCAUGCUUCCACCUGAUGAAUGAUGGCCUGAACUAUGAGCAAACGGGACUAUAUGAACACUUCGGUGCAGGAGCCUCCUCUCGACUACUCCUUCAAAAGCAUCCACGUGAUCCAAGAUCUGGUAAGUGAGGAGCCAAGGACAGGUCUACGACCAGUGAAGCACUCAAAGUCAGGAAAGUCACUGACCCAGUCCCUGUGGCUCAACAACAACGUCCUCAACGAUCUGAAAGACUUCAGCCAGGUGGUUACACAGCUUCUGCAGCACCCAGAGAACCUGGCCUGGAUUGACCUCUCCUUCAAUGACCUGACUUCCAUUGACCCUGUCCUAACAACAUUCUUCAACCUAAGUGUCCUCUACCUUCAUGGCAACAGCAUCCAUCGCCUAGGGGAGGUGAAUAAGCUAUCUGUCCUCCCUCGUCUCCGGAGCCUGACCCUCCAUGGGAACCCCAUAGAGGAAGAAAAGGGGUAUAGGCAGUAUGUGCUAUGCAACCUGCCCCGUAUCACCACAUUCGACUUCAGUGGAAUCACCAAGGCAGACCGCACCACAGCCGAAGUCUGGAAACGCAUGAACAUCAAGCCCAAGAAGGUCCGGAUCAAGCAGGAUGUACUCUGAAAUUCACAGGACCCCAGCACACCUAAUGCCCUGAGGAUGAUCAGCUUGGUUUGACAAUAAAUGAUUUAAGCUGUUCAGCAAAUUAAAGUCCCCUGCACCUUGUAAGGAUGCCCUCCAUGCCUAGUAACUACCAGUAAAACUUCACAGUGGAGGCAAAGACUUACUGGCUUAGGACCCAGGAACCUGGUAUUGCCAUGCAGGAAACUAUCCUCAUGGGGCCCCUUUGUAGUCUUUAUCCUUCUUAUACAAGAAUACAGUAGAUUAGCAA